AUGGCAGCCAGGGCGCACGAAGGCCUCUUCGUGUACGGCACGCUCACUGACAGCGACAUCGUGCGGAUCCUCCUCGACCGUGACCCCACAACAGAAACCGCCACGCUCACGGGCUACCGCCGCUACGGGCUGCGCGGGCGGGCGUACCCGGGGUUGGUCCCAGAAUCAGGUGCCAGCUGCACUGGCACGCUGAUCACGGGUCUGUCCGAGAUCGAGGAGUUCAUCCUCGACGAGUACGAGGACACGGACUACUACCGCAAGGACGUCGAGGUCACGACCGCCUCGGGCCGCACCGCCGUGGCCGUGGCGUACGUUUGGAAGGAGGAGGGGGAGUGCGAGGGGGAGUGGACCCUCGAGGACUUCCAGGCCAGAGACAAGCCCCCUUACGUGGCAAUGGUGCACGAGUUCAAGAAGGAGAUCGACGAGGUCGUGCGGAAGCGCCUCGAGGGCAGCGGGACGGAGCAGGACGGCGGGGACGACGAGGGCUCGGUCCACCGCGCCCAAAAAAGCUAUUUGGAAAAAGGCGCCGUGCAGAGCACGUAA